GCUGUGUGUGCGUGUGUUUGUGUGCCCCCCUCCCGUCGGCUGGUGUGGUCACGCACACUCGGUGACGUCGCUAUCAUCAUUAUCCUCACCAUCACCACAUAGCCUCUAGUCUGUUUACAGGGUCACUCCGCUAAACGGAGACAUUUACUGCAGUAGUGGACAGUGGAUCUGCAGCCCUGUAUACUAAACAGGAGAACGAGCUUUUCAUCAUGAACUGCGAUAUAGAUGGAGACAUGGAGAACCAGGUGGAGAUGGAGGAGAAGACGAGGUUAAUCAAUCAAGUUUUGGAACUUCAGCACACGCUAGAAGACCUGUCAGCGCGGGUUGACGCAGUCAAGGAGGAGAACCUGAAGUUAAAAUCUGAGAACCAAGUCCUCGGGCAGUACAUUGAGAACCUCAUGUCUGCCUCCAGCGUCUUCCAGACCACCGACACCAAGAGCAAACGGAAGUGAGGGACCCUCAGAAAAACACAGUCCCAUGCCAGCAGCUGGGAGAGGGAACCCACCACUGAGACAUGGAGAGGGGUUUGUUUUCUCAGCUGACCUGGGUUUCUGUAACCGUUACAGCCCACUUACCCGAGUCGAAGCUAACUAUUUAAUUAUCAAAAACAUAAACUGACUUUGUCACAUGUCCCGCUGACUCAGAAAUAGAUCAAUUUAAUGUUAGUUUGACCCAGGUCUGUUUUGCAGCAGCUCCCUCUCCAAAAUACAGAACCAGACUAUGUAUAUGAAGCGGUUAAGGGUCAUUUGUACCAUGAGUUUCUUCUUAAUGCUCUCUGUCAAAGUAGUAUCUGUAAAAUAAUUCUUAGUUCUGCUUUACCUGCUUGGUUUUGUGUUCGAGGACAAUUCAGAUUUUCUGUGAUUUUCCCAACUUUCUGAUAGUGUUCUUGUCUCAAACUGACCUGUAAUUGGGUGAAAACAAAUCAAAAAUAUUACAAAUACUGGUUGACCAUAAAGCUCAUUUCAACACUGGUUUAUUUCUUUUUUUAAAAUAUUAUCUACAUCAGCUGGAUCUGAGUUUUUCAGUAGGUCUUGGAUGUCAUGUCUAUAUGAAACAUGACUGUAUUCUGCCAUUUAAAAGCACUCAAACUGAACAGUAUUACUGAGAAUAAAAUUUAUUUGGAUUGCAUGUAUGAGUUCUUUUUAAUCUAUGAAAUGUCAUUAAAUCAAUAGUCACUAACUUACAGACUGUAUAACGCUUCUGAGAACUUUUUAAUAAUAGAAGGUGGAUACUAGAUAGGUGCCAUUGAGAGCUCGGCAACAAUGCAAGUAAAAGCACAGAGAAACUAAAAGUUAUGUAGACUUCAUAAAAGUGUAAAUCUUAACUUAUCAAUGUUUUAUUGCAAGUGGUUGAAUUUUUAAAAAAAAUCACAAUUACACACGAUUUUCAUUUUGCACUUCAAAGUAUUUGUAACCCUUUCAGUUGAUCAUGUCAUGUAUGAGGGUUGUGGCCCAGACUGUAAUGUAACAAAGGAAAUGGACAUAAAUGCAGCCGGGCUGACUCGGAGACAAACCCUGCAUUAUUACAUUGUGUGUACUCAUCCUGUUUGAGGGGAGACAGACGGACUAAAUGGGCCAGAUAAGUCAAAAGACACGAGGAAGAGGGGGGGGAGAAAGGGAUGCUUUCCCCUUUAACUGCAAGCAGUAAAGAGGCCUUGAGUACUAUUGAUCCAUCCGGCCAGGCCUGGAGUACACCACCUGCUAGAGGAGGGGUUUGACUGUAAAAUGUGCUAAUGUACUCUGUGUGCAGCAGAGUGGAGGGUGUGUCUUCCAACACUUCUGCUGCAUCAGGUACAAAAAUAAUGAGGGUGUAAAGAGAUGAAGUCAUGUAAUCUGAACACAUUUGCAUUCCCUUUAAAUGUAUCCAGUUCAAUAAUGUCUGGAAAACAGUAAUUCAUGUGUAAACAUCAAGUGACUGUGGUGCUGUUUGAAAGGGGUGAAGUUAUUAUUAUGGGAGGCUAUAAACACUGUAUAUGAUGUAAUUUAUUGAGGUUAUUUUGAUAUUUUUAACAGGUGUACAGUAUCAUUUCUUCAAUUUCUGUCUGGCUAUGAAUAUGCCCUACCUACACGCCCUGGUACCAACUGUCUUGUGUGUAGACACCCUGCACCUUUGUCUUUAAACUGUUUUUUGUUUUAAUAAAAACCUAAGAUCAC